GCCGGCCCGGCCCGGGCAGCGGGCCCCGCGAUGGCGCCGCGGGCGCUGCCGCUGCUGCAGCCGGGCCGGCGGCCGCGCCCGGGACAGUGGUACCGGCUGAGCCCGCGCGGGGAGCGGCCCCGGGGCCGCGUGGGACUCGGCUGCCUCCUCCUGCCCGGCCGCGUCCUGCUGCUGGGCGGUGCCGACCCCUCCGGGGCCUUCGCGGACGCGCAUUUCGUGGAGUUGGGUGAGGGCCGGGCCGGGCCUGGGCUGGAACCGGGACCGCGACCGGGACCGGUCCCGGGUCCGAUCGCCUGUCCCCCGUCCACAGCCCCGCUCCGCUGGGUCCCUGCCGGCUGGCGCGGACUGAGACCGCGCUACGAACACGCGACGUUCCUGCCCGCCACCGGCCCCCCGCGCCUCUGGGUGUUCGGCGGUGCCCAGCCCGCGGGGAACCGCAGCUGCGUUCAGGUGCUGGACCCCGAAAUGGGAACGUGGGAAAGCCCUGCAGUGAGGGGGGUGCAGCCACAACCUCGGACAUUCCACACGUCCUCGGCGGCCAUCGGAGCCCGUCUGUUCGUGUUCGGGGGUGGAGACAAGGGAGCAGAGCCGGUUAAAGACCAGCGGCUUCACGUGUUCGACACAGCCACCCUGACCUGGUCCCAGCCAGAGACUCACGGUGAUCCCCCUUCUCCUCGGCAUGGACAUGUCGUGGUUGCAGUUGGGACCAAACUCUUCAUCCAUGGAGGUUUAGCUGGAGAUGUUUUUUACAAUGACCUAUUUUGCAUUGAUACAAAUGACAUGAGAUGGGUGAAGAUCCCAGCCACUGGGGACAUCCCUGGAGGACGGGCAUCCCACUCCUCAGCAGUGUUCCAGGACCACUUGUACAUUUUUGGUGGAAUAGGUCCAGAUGGAACACUGGAUACUACAUACAAGUAUCACACAGGAAGGCAGCAGUGGACACUCCUGCAGUUUGAAUCUCCCUUGCCCAGUGGGAGGCUGGACCAUGCCAUGUGUGUCAUUCCCUGGCAGGCUGGGUCACACGGGGACACAGGAGACGCCCCAGCUGGGACAGAGCCACCUCUGCCAGCAGGUGACAAAGCUGAGCCCCUCCAGCAGGGCCCAGGUGAGGGCUGUGCUGAAGACACCUUUGUCCACCUGCUGUUCGUGUUUGGGGGGAUGGACACACAGGGGCAGAUACACCGGGACUGCCUGGUCACCCUCAUUGAGUAGCGUCCCACAGCACCAUCCCCCUCCCGUGGGGUUACUUCUGUCCCUUGGGCAGCUGGCACAGUGCUGACACCCCUGAGGACAGGGGCUCUGCCUGAACACGGUCCUCCUGCAGCCCCAGCCCAGGGAACAUGGCAAGAGCCAAGGUGCUUCAAGGCACUGCUGGAGCUGGCACAAGACAAGGUCAUUCUGGACUUAACUAAUCCCAUGGAUUGGAUAAGGAUCAGUUAAAUAAAGAGACCAAAUUUCAA